UAUACUUAGGGAGCUUCCAUUUCUUCCUGGUGUUAAAUAGCGGUUUAAGUAUGGCGUUAAAAGUCAUAGGAGCAACAAAAUCUUUCGGUGACAAAAUCAUUUUGAACAACUUGAAUAUCAAUGUUGACCAAGGCACUGUAUAUGCUCUACUUGGUCCCAGUGGAUGCGGAAAAACGACACUGCUCUCUUGUCUUGUAGGAAGGCAGCGAUUAGACCAUGGAAAAAUUGGGAUAUUUGGGAGAGAAAUUAACUGCUACAGGGAUGGGGUUCCCGGAAGCAUUAUUGGAUUCAUGCCACAAGAAAUUGCACUUUACGAUUCCUUCACAAUUACCGAAACAUUCAUCUACUACGGCAGACUCCAUUCCAUCCCGAAAGAGAGGAUAUUAUGCAAAUUAGAUAAACUCAAAGAUUUACUAAACUUGCUAAACUUGAGAAAAUACAUUGGCCAAAUAAGUGGCGGAGAAAGUCGCCGAGUUUCCCUUGGCGUCGCAUUGUUGCAUGAUCCACAACUGCUUAUCCUAGAUGAGCCAACUGUUGGCUUAGAUCCCAUUUUAAGGGAACGGAUUUGGGAAUACCUUUCCAAGCUCGUUAAAUCUCAAGGAAAAACCGUUCUAUUAACUACACAUUUUGUAGAGGAAACUCGUGAUUGCGCCAAAAUUGGGUACCUUCGAGAUGGAAGACUUUUGGUUGAAGAUUCACCUCAGAAUUUGUUAAAAUUUUAUAACUCAACCAGUUUGGAUAAUGUGGUGCUACACUUGUGCAAACUGAAUUCGACCAAUGCCAUCACAACAAAAGGCCACACUAAAAUUCAUAAUCCUUUUAAAAUUGUACACUCUGAAAUUUACUCGCAAUUAGAUAUAUGCAAUCGCAAACCUUUGAAAACCUACUGCAUCCAAUUGUUGGCUCUAACAGUACGAAACUUCACUUUGUGCAUGAGAUACCCGAUGUAA